AACCACGCGCGCCUCGCGGUUGCCGUCAGCUGCAGGUGCCGGGAUGUCCCUGGCUGGGCUUUCCGCCUAGGCUGAGAGGCAAAGCAAGCCAAGCAGGCAGGCAUUCGUCCGGCGCAGCGCGGCGGCGACGCUCCACCUCUUCGGGGCUCCUCCGAUGCGCUUUGGCCGUCGCCUCCUGCCGGCUGCGCGCACAAGGAGGUGCGCCAGCGCCUCCUCGGCGGGAUGUCUCAGGGCGCGCCGGCGGCUAGCACUUUGCAAAGGAGCUCCUCUUCGGAGGGGACGCAGCAGGGUCAUGAAGACGAUGAAAGGAAAGUACGACGGAGAGAGAAGAACAGAGUUGCUGCCCAGAGGAGCAGAAAGAAACAAACACAGAAAGCAGAUAAGCUCCAUGAGGAAUACGAGUGCCUUGAGCAAGAGAAUAUCUCCCUGAAAAAAGAAAUUGGAAAGCUGACCGACGAAAUGAAACACUUGAGCGAAGUCUUGAGGAACCAUGAAAAAGUCUGCCCUCUGUUGCACUGCUCUUUAAACUUUGGCUUGAUUCCUAGACACGAUGUCCUCAGUGGCCCCUUGCCAAGAUGAGGAGGCCACCGUCAGAGGAUUGGCAAGUUCUACUGAUAUGAAAGAGUUUUUGAGAGCCUCUUCCUUUUCCACCAUGCUUCAUGGACACGACAAGCACUCUUGCCACUUGUGACUGCUUUCCCACCACGAAAGUCUAGUAAAUCAUCAGGAUGCCGCCUUGAGAAUGAAAAGCAUGGAUGGACUGAAGCCUUGUGGGAAAAUCUUUGGACAAAGUGCCCUCUCCCUCACUCUCUUUCUCCCUCUCUCCCUGUGUGUUUCCACUGUGUGCUGUUUGUCCAGCAAGGAAUCUGAAAUGUGGCCUUGAAUGCAAAUAACGUUAUCACGUUUAUUUUUAAACACACAACUUUCUUCUCCUCAUUGUUGCUAAGAAAUGUGUUGGCGAUGAUGAGGAAAGGGGAAGAGCCUGUUCUGGAGCUUGAAACCAAAAGGGAUAGUGGGCACAUCCUGGAGCCAAGGAUUGGCACUUCUGCAUCUCUUGCCUACCUACCAGAUUCUUUGUUCCCCAUGUGCCUUGGGCUUCUCCUCUUCCACUCUCUCUCUCUCGUUCUGUGAAAAUCCAAACAUUGCAAUUGCAUGUAUACUUUUCAGGCUUGUUUCAGUCAUACAUAAAUUCAGUGAUACAAAUGCAGCCAUCUCACCUGCUGAUUGGGUAGCCCACACCCUAGACUUUUUUUGGGGGGGGGAGUUCCCAGCUUUCAGGAAAGGCCUUCAGGGGAGCAUGCAGAGGAUGGCAGAGGGAAGAAGAGAGGAAGAUUCCCCUCUCUUGAGCAGUACCCUGGGGUUUAUUGACUGUAAAAACACCAUUAAUUUAAAGCACAUGAACUCCUCCAAAGAUCCCUAGGAACUCUCGUUUAUUGUAGCUCUGUGAGGGGUAACGAUGGCUCCUAGGAUGCUUUGCGGAAAGCCACAUGCUUUAAAUGUCUGGUGUGUAUGUUCUUCCAUUCCUCUAGAAAGUACUGAAUAUUGAGCCUAUGGUUGGCUAGGUUGUUGAACUAUGCCUCCAGCAAUGAUACCCUUUUAUUUCCUCCUCCUUUUGAGCCGCUGUUCUGAACACCAUUCUACAGAGAACAUAUUGAUGCCCCCUUUUUAUGUGCACUGUUCUUCAUCUUCAUGAGCCCCUUCCAUGCCACCCCACCCCCCACCCCAUGAGGGGAAAAAAUAAAUU